AUGGCUUCCUCUUACCACCACAACUCCCUCACUCUCCUCCUCACCACAUUCCUGAUCCUCUGUGCUCUCGCCCACGCCACUUCCCCUGCACCAUUUUUGACUCUGGUCAACAACUGCCCCUUCCCCCUCUGGCCCGGCAUCCAGCCCAACUCCGGCCACCCCGUCCUCGAGCGCGGCGGCUUCUACCUCCCCGCCCUCUCCCACCGCUCCUUCCCCACCCCGACCCAGCCCUGGUCGGGUCGGAUCUGGGCCCGCACCCACUGCACCCAGACCCAAAACCACUUCUCCUGCCUCACCGGCGACUGCGGCGGCCGACUCGAGUGCAACGGAGCCGGCGGCGCUGCCCCCGCCACUCUAGCGCAGGUCAGCCUCCACCACGGGCCCAACGACCUCUUCUCAUACGGCGUCAGCCUCGUCGACGGCUUCAACGUCCCCUUGACCAUCACCCCGCACGAGGGCCACGGCGUGUGCCCCGUGGUAGGCUGUAAGGCCGAUCUGCUCGCCACAUGUCCCGAGAGGCUGAGGGUGACGUCGCACGCCGGCGUGGUGGCUUGCAAGAGCGCCUGCGAGGCGUUCCGUACGGACGAGCUGUGCUGUCGGAACCAGUACAACAGCCCGCAGACGUGUCGGGCGUCGAGUUACUCGGAGUUUUUCAAGCGCGCGUGUCCUGCCACGUUUACUUUUGCUCACGACAGCCCCACGCUCAUGCACCAGUGCUCGUCGCCACACGAGCUCAAGGUCAUCUUUUGUCACUAG